GUUCGCAAGCGCCGCCGCGCGCCCAGGCCCGACCCGCGCCGCCCGGCUCCGCGCCGCCCCGCUCGCUCGUCUCCUCGCCGCCCCAAUGGCGUUCGGGCCCCGGGGCGGGCGGCCCCCGCCGCCGCCGCUGCUCCUGCUGCUGCUCUGGGUGACCGGGCAGGCGGCGCCCGUGGCGGGCCUGGGCCUGGACUCCGACGCGGAGCUGCAGAUCGAGCGGCGCUUCGUGCCCGACGAGUGCCCGCGCACCGUGCGCAGCGGCGACUUCGUGCGCUACCACUACGUGGGGACGUUCCCCGAGGGCCAGAAGUUCGACUCCAGAAUGAAGACGAGACUUCCAUGAGUCCGGAUGCCACCCAUAGGGUGUGGCGUCUCCCGGCAGGCACUCUGAAGAAGCGGUUGAAGCACCUGGUGCCCGCUGCCCUGGCUGGCAACUGCUCCUAUGUGCACAUGUUUCUGCUUAGUUACAGGGACUUUACCAGUCCCCUGCAGAUGGUGCACCUGCUUUUCCUCAGGUAUGGACGCAUGGUUCAUGAUUGUCACGGGGAUGGCGAAUCCUUGGAGCAGCUAAAAUGUGCCAUGUCCUCCAUCUUAAAGAUCUGGCUGGAUUUCUAUUCCGUUGAUUUCUACGAGCCUCCUGCAUUUUAUUGUUUGAAGUCCCUGCUGGCCUACAUACACAUCAACAUGCUGGGUUCGGAGGUGGAGCGCAAGGCUGAUCUUCUUCUCGCAAACCUGAAGAAGCUGGAGCACCUGGAGCCCAGUGAGGCGGAGACUGAGGUUCCAGUUUCUGCCCAGGCUGAACAACAGUCCCAAGACCUACUGCCACGUUCAGCUCCAGCUCCAGCUCCAGCUCCACCUCCACUGCCAGAGCCAGAGCCAGAACCAGAGGAAGAGCUAGAUCCAGAGGCAGAGCAAGAUCCAGAGCCCAAGCCAGAGCCAGAGCACGACGAAGAUCCUGAGCUAGAGUCAGAGCAUUUUCCCUUCGCACCCAAAGUGGCUUACACCAAUACCAAAUUAAUAUGCACCAUUCAGUUUGCCACAUGUACUUCUGACUCAUCUCCAGAGAGUCUUAGAUAAGGGGGAAAUGAUGAAGCUGAGUACAGUAAAUGGAUUGAAUGCUGACAGACAGGAACUACGGUUGGGAUGGGGUCUGCAUCCUUUUUGUUUUUAUAGUCUCUGCACAUAGCCUUGAUAAUAAAACUGACAUAUGUGUGCAGCAA